GCAUUAGCGCGUCAUCAUUGGACUUUCUUGUAGAUUCCGGGGCGUCAGUUUUCCGUGCGGUGCAAUUAAAAUUUGCAUUUAGAGGCAUUUUUGGUGGUAAAGGAGGCUCAAAAGUAGCAUAAAAUGGGUGUUGACAUUAUUCCAAUUUCUCCUGGAGACGGAAGUACAUUCCCGAAGAAUGGUCAGACUGCUGUCGUCCACUACACGGGUACCCUGCAGAAUGGGGAGGUGUUUGAUUCCUCACGAACACGCGGGAAACCCUUCAAGUUCACCGUAGGUCAGGGUGAGGUCAUCCGCGGAUGGGAUGAGGGUGUGCCGCAGAUGUCUGUGGGGCAACGCGCCAAGCUUGUCUGCUCACCGGACUACGCCUAUGGGAGCCGUGGGCAUCCUGGUGUCAUUCCACCCAAUGCCACCCUCACAUUCGAUGUGGAACUGAUUCGUGUGGAAUAAGCGCACGCCAAAAAAAAAUCUUCCUGGUGAAGUUCUGCGUGGAUUCCGCAAAAAUGCAGUAUAAUUAUAAAUAAAAAAAAACAAGAAGAAUUCUUUUUCUCGACAAUCCAAAACAAUCCUCACACGAUUUGCAGCAGUUCCAACAACUUACAAGCAAUUUUGUCAUCAUAACAUGCAAUUGGAUGUCUUAAAACUUGGCUAAAUAAUAAUUAUAUCUCUCACCUCCAAAGCACCUUCUCUGGUAAUGAGUCAGAUCAUAUUGUUCAAAAUAAUACAUAAAAGUAAUUAAUAAAGAAUCGUGUGGAAUUUCAUGAAACCCAUAACUUUAUUGCAACAAA